ACAGACUUCAUUUUGUUUCUGCUGGAAAAAAAAAAACUAAUAAACUUUAAUUCCAGGCAGAAACGGUGAUAUUAAUGUCACACAACAAGGGCUGCUAAAUAAAAAAUUUAUUCCAGCAGUAGAGAUCAGCACCUUCAGGAUUCAGCAGUGUGUUUAUGAGCUCUCUGUACAUACACUAACAUUCAAACAUGGAGAGACCUGAUCUGGAGACAGAGAAUGAGACCCCGUCCUCAGAAAAGCAUAAACUCCAGAUAAAGAGAUCAGACUCACCAGGACCCAGCUGUGUCUCCAUGAAGAGUGAUGGGUCUAUGGAUCCUCCUUAUGGAAACUUUAAACGUGGAGACUCCUCAUCUGUACACAGUAAACUCCAGAUAAAGAGAUCAGACUCACCACGACCCAGCUGUGUCUCCAUGAAGAGUGAUGGGUCUAUGGAUCCUUCUUAUGGAAACUUUAAACGUGGAGACUCCUCAUCUGUACACAGACACGACCCAGAAUCUGCUGCUGUAAAUGAAUUCCAGAAAAAGUUCAGAUUAAACCUGAUGAAGAAGUUUGAGUGGGUAAAUGGAAUGAUAAUAAAUCAGGAAAACCUAACACUACUGAGUGAGAUCUACACAGAGCUCUACAUCACAGAGGGAGACAGUGGAGGCGUCAAUAAAGAACAUGAGGUGAGACAGAUUGAGGCAGCAUCCAGGAAAACAACAUUAGAGGAAAAACCAAUCAAAUGCAAUGACAUCUUUAAGCCCUUGUCUGAUCAAGACAAACCCAUCAGAACUGUGCUGACAAAGGGAGUCGCUGGCAUCGGAAAAACAUUCUCUGUGCAGAAGUUCAUUCUGGACUGGGCUGAAGGGGAAGCAAAUCAGGACAUCCCCCUCAUAUUUCCACUUCCUUUCAGAGAGCUGAAUCUGAUGAACGAGCAGAAACUGAAUCUGAUGGAGCUCCUUCGUGUCUGUUUUAAGGAAACGAAAGAAACAGAAAUGUACAGUUUGGAAAAGGUUCUGUUCAUUUUUGAUGGAUUGGAUGAGUAUCGAUUCUCUCUGGAUUUCCAGAAGGCAGUGAGAGUGUGUGAUGUAACUGAAUCAGCAUCAGUGCCGGUGCUGCUGAUAAACCUGAUCAAAGGGAAUUUGCUUCCCUCUGCUCUCAACUGGAUCACCUCACGACCAGCAGCAGCUGAUCAAAUCCCCUCUGAGUGUGUCGAUCGAGUCACAGAGGUACGAGGGUUCAAUGACCCACAGAAGGAGGAGUACUUCAGGAAGAGGAUCAGUGAUCAGAGCCUGGCCAAUAACAUCAUCACACACCUGAAGUCAUUAAGAAGCCUCUACAUCAUGUGUCACAUCCCAGUUUUUUGCUGGAUCUCAGCCGCUGUUCUAGAGAGAAUGUUUGGGGAAGCAGAGAGUAGAAAGAUCCCCAAGACUCUGACUCAAAUGUACACACACUUCCUCAUCAUUCAGAUCAACAUCAUAAGAGAAAAGUACUCAGAGAAGCUGGAGAGUAAUAAAGAAAUGCUUCUCAAACUGGGACACCUGGCUUUUCAGCAGCUGAAGAAACACAACCUGAUCUUCUAUGUUGAAGACCUGAGAGAGUGUGGCAUUGAUGUGAGAGAAGCAGCAGUGUACUCAGGUGUGUGUACGCAGAUCUUCAGAGAGGAGUUUGGGCUUCACCAGAGUAAAGUCUACUGCUUUGUUCAUCUGAGUAUUCAGGAGCAUCUCGCAGCUCUGUAUGUGUACCUGAUGUUCAUGAGGAAAAAGAUAAAUGUUCUUCAGCAUAGUUUGUAUCCUCACUAUGUGCUUACUAAUCCAUAUAUCUUCUCCCGACUUGUAUCCUUUCGGAGAUAUUAUCUGAAGAUGGGGAAUUUAACAGAAAUUAAAAUCUCAGAAGUCCACAUUAGUGCUGUAGCUCAGACCUUAAACAGUAAGACUGGACAUCUGGAUCUUUUCCUCCGCUUUCUUCUGGGUCUCUCACUGGAGUCCAAUCAGAAACUCUUACAUGACUUAGUAAGACAGACAGGAAGUAGCUCCCACAGCAAAGAUGAAACAGUUCAGUACAUUAACAAGAUGAUCAGUGGAGGUCUUCCUCCAGAGAAAUCCAUCAAUCUGUUCCACUGUCUGAAUGAACUUGGUGAUGAUUCUCUAGUGGAGGAAAUCCAACACUACCUGAAAUCUGGAAAACAAAGUGAACUCUCUCCUUCACAGUGGUCUGCUCUGGUGUUUGUGUUACUGACAUCAGCAGAGGAUCUGGAGGAAUUUGAUCUGAAUAAAUAUUACAGUCCAGAGAAGAUAACAGAAGAGGUUCUUGUGAAGUUGAUGCCUGUGAUUUCAGCAUCCAGAAAAGCAAUUAUCAGGUGUGAUAGAAUUGAAAAUAGAAGUGCUGCAGCUCUGGGCUCAGUGCUCAACUCAGAAACCUCCAAUCUGAGAGAACUGCAUCUGACUGUGAAGACACUCAACCUGACUGAAAAUAAACUAACAGACUCAGGAGUAAAGCGUCUCUCUGCUGUACUGGAGAAUCCUCACUGUAAAGUGGAGACACUGAGGUUGCAGUGUUGUCAUGUCUUAGGUGAAAGCUGUGCUGCUCUGACUUCAGCUUUGAGAUUAAACCCCUCACACCUGAGAGAACUGGAUCUUUCUAGGAAUGCUCUAGGAGACUCAGGAGUGAAGUGUCUCUGUGCUGUACUGGAGAAUCCUGACUGUAAACUGGAAAAACUAGUGUUGAAAAGUUGUGGUGUCUCAGAUGAAGGCUGUGCUGCUCUGACUUCAGCUCUGAGAUCAAACCCCUCACACCUGAGAGACCUGGAUCUGAAUGGGAAUAAAAUAGGAGACUCAGGAGUGAAGUGUCUCUCUGCCCUUAAGGACGAUGAACAUUACAGACUACAGACACUGAGAUUGGGUUGGUGAUGAACAGCUGUGUGCCGAAGAUUAAAUUUUUCUUUUCUUUUCAUGUCAGCAAACAGAGAACACAUUUAUAGAAAUGUAAUCUUUUAAUAAUAACACACCGAACAGACUUAGAGAUUUGGAUAUGAAUUCCUCAAUCCCAUAAAAACCUGAAGGACUAUUAGUAUCAGCAGGUGAAAAACCACAUGGACUCGAGCUGAACCCAGUGAGUGGAACAGAGAGCUGAAAUGGACUGGAACAGUUUCAGGACAUUGAUGGGAUUCUCACCUGACAGGACUGGCGUUGGGGAGUUUAUCUGAGGAAACCUGUAGGAGACUCAGUACAGGUUAUAUUUAUCACUUUGCUACUUAAUAUAGUUGAAAUCUUUUUGUUACAGGAUCAGACCGAACCCAGCAGGAACCCUAUAUGCUGUAUAAUGUUGUCAUUGGAGUGGUAAUUAGGUUCCACACUGAAAAAAUGUUUUGUUGAAUUUACUUAAUUUUUUUUAUGGUAAG